UGCCUGGCACCAGCAUGAAUAUGCGGCUCUGCUCCGCAAAUCAGAUUCUAUCACCAUGGUUCUUUGGCGAGUUGUGGUGCAAAUCCCACCCUUUACGGCUGCCGUUCAUGCAUGAGCUUUAUUGAGGGACCAUGGGCGCAGGCGUGCCGCGUUCAGCCAGAUUACGUCCAUAGCCCCCACCUUUGCAACACGGCUCAGCCUGCCACACGCCCAUUGACACAUUCCACUGACGAAGGACAUCUUUUCGAUCGACUCGAACUAUGGUUGAAUGUGGCUUGUAGGCAUUUCUACGUGUCGAUGUCCCACCCUUGGCUCCCACUUAUUUCGUCACUUGCAAUUUUCGAGUUCUGUCUUUGGAUCAGUUGGCGCUGUCUCUUGCAGUUUUGCUUUUUUUUCUCAAUGUGGGUGUCUUACCUGAGAUAAUUGCUCAGAAGCUCUGAUACUGUAGACAUUAUGCAUCAUGGACCUCGAAUUCCUCCCCAAAUCUUUGCUUCAGCAUGUUUAUCAGCUUUACUGGGCUGAUGUUUCCAACACAGACUUUCUGUGCUUCUUGCCGAUCACUUUUGCGAGGCUGUAAAU